AUGCAGGCAAAUCGAAAUUAUGCAUGGUUAGAAUCGACAUUAUUUGUUACUGCCUUCUCAUUAUGGGUCUGUAGCAUUUUACGAGAAAUUCCUAUUCGUGCUGUUCCAGUCACGGAAGCGCUGAAAGAUGCUAUCGGCCACAGCGAAACGUGCUCAUUUUCGCUGGAAGCUGAUGAUAAACGAGGAAUUAUCUUGAAGAAUUUUCCGCUCGAAUUCUUCGAUGACGAUGUUUUGAAACAGAAAUUCCAAUACGUCGUAGAAAGAAUAAUUGAAAAUCCGUAUGUGAUUUUGGAAUGGUUUGGUUCCCAGUUGGAUAUGAAUCCGAUAUUUUUUGAAGCAAUAUUUUCCCAAUACGUUUUGGGAACUUUAGUCGCUUUCGUAGUUCUCGGAUUCAUUAUCGAUCUAUUGCUGAUUCAGCCAAUUUCAAAUCGUCUUCAAGAUGUUUUGAAACUGGAAGCGAUCGAAAAACGGGAAAAAACUGUUUUGCAAAGCGCAAUAAAAAAAUUUGUUGCGCGUAAGCUGAUUAUUUUAUGCUAUGUGAUUGUUCCACAAGGAAUCGAUAGUCGACACGAAGAGAAAUUCUUCAAAGAUUUUGCGAGUUUCGUGAAUUCACAAUUCCAAAUGUUCUCCAAAUUCACUGAUAUCACAUUUUUCGCCAUCUGGUUCAUCUUGGUCGGAUUUUUGUUCAUCAUUGCUCAAACUAUCAAUACCCGCUUCGAAUGGACAAUUCGAUUCUGCAAUAAUGAGAAUCGAAAACUUCAAGGGACCACUGCCAUCGUCUCUCUAAUUGUUCUUCUUUUUGGAUUAUUCAUGAUUUCGAUUUGGAUGGUGGUUAUCGGAUUGCUCAGUUCUGUCAUUUUAUAUCCGCCAUACGCUGUCACCAUCGUCUUAUAUGCGAUUCUUUGUGUUUUAAACACCGGGUUUGUUAUGUGUCGAAUUUGUUUUUGCUUCUCUGCAUCGAAUGCAGAAAUCACUGGUCUUAAUGACGAGAAUGGAAAACCAAUUGUUGAUGAUGAGAUUGUCUCCCGAUUUGUUGCCCUCGGUGGCCAUUAUUACAAGAGUUUGGUCGUUCUUCGAAUUGUCUACCAAAUUCUAACCCAUCUAAUAGGAAUUACCAUCUAUGCUAUUAUAAUGGUUGUCGGAACUUGCGUGAAUCAUCGACUCCUCGCAAUUCUCUUCUACGCGCCAAUCGCCAGCCAUUUUCGUCAGCUCUUCUCCAUUGACAUGAGCUUGCGAAAAAGGAAUCUCGAAAUUGUGAUGCUCUAG